AUGAGCGCGGCACAGGCGAACGAAGCGGAAAAGAACAUUGAGAUAUGGAAGGUGAAGAAGUUGAUCAAGCGCCUUGAGGCCGCUAGAGGCAAUGGAACCUCCAUGAUUUCUCUCAUCAUCCCUCCCAAAGAUCAGGUAUCUCGGGCGGCGAAGAUGUUGGCGGAAGAAUUCGGUACCGCUUCCAACAUCAAGUCCCGUGUCAACCGUCUGUCGGUCUUGUCCGCCAUUACCUCCACACAGCAGCGCCUGAAGCUCUACAACAAGGUCCCUCCAAAUGGCCUGGUCGUCUACUGUGGUGAAAUCAUCACGUCGGAAGGGAAAGAACGGAAGAUUAACAUCGAUUUCGAGCCGUUCAAGCCCAUCAACACCUCCCUCUAUCUGUGUGACAACAAGUUCCACACCGAGGCCCUGAGCGAACUCCUCGAAUCCGACCAGAAAUUCGGCUUCAUCGUCAUGGACGGUAACGGUGCCCUCUUUGGUACGCUGAGCGGAAACACCAGAGAAGUCCUGCAGAAGUUGAGCGUCGAUCUUCCCAAGAAGCACGGUCGUGGUGGUCAGUCCGCCCUUCGUUUCGCUCGUCUUCGUGAGGAGAAACGUCACAACUACGUCCGGAAGAUCGCCGAGCUGGCGGUGCAGAACUUCAUUACCAACGACAAGAUCAACGUGGCUGGUUUGAUCUUGGCUGGUUCCGCCGAUUUCAAGAACGACCUGAACCAGUCCGACAUGUUCGACCAGCGUCUGCAGUCCAAGGUCAUCAAGGUGGUCGACGUCUCCUAUGGAGGAGAGAACGGCUUCAACCAGGCCAUCGAACUGGCCUCGGAGACUCUCAGCAACGUCAAGUUCGUUCAGGAGAAGAAGCUCAUCGGCACGUACUUCCAGGAGAUCAGUCAGGAUACCGGCAAGGUCUGCUACGGUAUUGAGGAUACGCUCAAGGCCCUGGAGCUCGGUGCCGCUGAGACUCUCAUCGUCUACGAGAACCUGGAUGUCACGCGGUGGGUGCUCAAGUCCUCGACCGACGCCGAGGUGGUCAUCCAUACUACCAAGGCCCAAGAGGAGAACCGCGAACUGUUCACCGACAAGGAAACCGGCGCCGAGAUGGAAGUGGUCGACCAGACCUCGUUCCUCGAGUGGCUGGCGGAGAACUACAAGGACUUUGGUGCCACGUUGGAGUUUGUCUCCGAUAAGUCCAGCGAAGGAAACCAGUUCGUGAAGGGCUUCGGUGGUAUCGGAGCCAUCCUCCGGUACAAGGUCAAUUUCGAACAGCUUGCCGACUACAGCGACGAUGAUGAAUUUUACGACGGUACAUCUACGUGUGAACCCUUUAUGUUCUUUGUUCGGGACUAA